ACCAAGGGUUCAGGGAACAAAGACCAGUUACUUCGAUUGGGGGGUGGGGGGGCCACAAAAGGAAAACCGGAGGAGCAAUUGGGUAUCCAGGUGUCAGAGGUAGGGGAGCCAGGGGCAAGCCGGGGCUGAGCUGGAGGUGGGGAUGAGAGCAGGUGUGGGGACAGCAAUACCCCCUUGGGGGUCACCUCUCUGCUUCCCCCCUCCCCAGGCUUCAGUUCCUUCCCCCGACCCUGACUCCUUGAACGUCACUGAAAACGGCAGCUAUUGUAAGGAGUGGGGGCCGCGGGCAGCCGCUCUUCAGCUCGCGGCCCAGGGGAGUGGCGAGGGGCGCCCCAACCCCUGCCCGCCUCUCCGCACAAUACUUGAACAUUCAUCUGUACUGAAGUGUUACUUGAACCGGGGGAACCUCGGACCUGGGGGAGCCGGAGUGUGAGGGGGACUGGACCAGCUUGGACUGAGACCUGAGACCGGGCCAGUGGGUGCCCAUUUGGGACUGCGCCAUCCCCAGGCUCGUUCUUGUUUUACUGUAUUGAGCGGCGGCACCCGCCGGACCUGCAUUAUGGCUGGGGGCGCAAGCCCAAGGAUGGGGACUAUGGGACUCCUCCAGCCUGGGUCUUCCCACUCUUUCAUCGUCACGGAAACUUGUAUCCCAUUUGCCCAGGGAACUGCCACUCCUGGUUGCCAUGGAAAUAGCAGCCAACGGACACCUCCCGAUGCCAGUGCUAAGGCUGGAAAUGGCCCCUCUUAGUUGCCAUGGGAACCUAGUAACAGACUCUGCUGGCCCUCCUUCCCGCCCUUUCUUCCAGCGAGGGGUGGGGCUUCGGAGCCCGGGGGAGGAGCCGGGUCAGGUCCCGCCCCUUCACGCAGGCCUCCGGGGGGCCGGGGCUUACCAUGUAGGGGAGGGGAGAUCUAUCCACAUACCUCAGGUAACAGGGAGGUGCGCGGGUGGGGGGAGGGCUGGGCGGACCAAAGGCCGGAGGGGAGGGGCCUGGGGAUCGCGAGAGGCUUGAGGAUGGGGCCGCUUGAGGGAGGGAGGAGGCAGCCCGGCAAGGGGCAAGCGGGGGACCCAGCCGGGCUGGGCCCCUGGGCCCCGGGUCUGUACAAUACGGUUUGCUAUAAAAUUCAAAAUCUUCCAGCCGGGGCUUCGGAGUUCGUGUGUGUGUGUGUGCAGGGUCCCUACCUACAGAUGAGUGGCCUCACCUCUCUUGGGUUCAUUUUGGGAGGGAUUUGAGUGUGGACACCUGGGGCAUCCAGCUGUACCUUGGAGGUGGCUGUGGCUGGCGUGCACCUCGGUGGGGUCCGGGCGUUUGGAUGAUGUUCUUGGUGGGUAGGGGUCGCGGGGAAUCUCUGUGGGCCCGGGACCACCAGGACUCGGUCCCCGGCUCCACCCCAUCAUGUGGCCAGCCCGGCUCCGCCUCUGCCCCAGUUCCUGUUUCGGCCUCCGCUGUCCCGCUCCGGCCCCUGGGGCUCCCCGCAGACGCCUCUCUUCCUGCUCCGCUGGGGCCGCCUCUUCCUGGGCGCCCGCCGCCUGCAUCCUGCUUGCCCUAUCGGGGGAUGGGGCCGCCCCUGGGCUUGGGCCGGCCCGGCUGGGGCCCCCGAGGCGCCUCCGCCCCGUAGUGACCACCUGGUGCCGCCGCCCCCAGGAUGAAGGGCGGCGAGGAGGACGCGUGCGAGCAGGCCCCGCUGAACCCGGAGGGCGAGAGCCCUGCAGGCUCGGCCACGUACCGGGAGUUCGUGCACCGCGGCUACCUGGACCUCAUGGGGGCCAGUCAGCACUCGCUGCGGGCGCUCAGCUGGCGCCGCCUCUACCUCAGCCGGGCCAAGCUCAAAGCUUCCAGCCGCACGUCCGCCCUGCUCUCGGGCUUCGCCAUGGUGGCCAUGGUGGAGGUGCAGCUGGAGAGCGACCACGAGUACCCGCCAGGCCUGCUGGUGGCCUUCAGUGCCUGCACCACCGUGCUGGUGGCUGUGCACCUCUUUGCACUCAUGGUCUCCACGUGUCUGCUGCCCCACAUUGAAGCUGUGAGCAACAUCCACAACCUCAAUUCUGUCCACCAGUCACCACACCAGAGACUGCACCGCUACGUGGAGCUGGCCUGGGGCUUCUCCACUGCCCUGGGCACCUUUCUCUUCCUUGCUGAAGUUGUCCUGGUUGGUUGGGUCAAGUUUGUGCCCAUUGGGGCUCCCUUGGACACACAGACCCCCAUGGUGCCCACAUCCCGGGUGCCCGGGACUCUGGCACCAGUGGCUACCUCCCCUAGUCCAGCUUCCAAUCUCCCACCAUCUUCUGCAUCCACAGCACCGUCCCAGGCUGAGCCAGCCUGCCCACCCCGGCAAACCUGUGGUGGUGGGGGGUCCCAUGGGCCAGGCUGGCAAGCAGCAAUGGCCUCCACAGCCAUCAUGGUACCUGUGGGGCUCGUGUUUGUGGCCUUUGCCCUGCAUUUCUACCGCUCCUUGGUGGCACACAAGACUGACCGCUAUAAGCAGGAACUAGAGGAACUGAAUCGCCUGCAGGGGGAGCUGCAGGCUGUGUGAGGCUGGUGUUAGCCACUGCUGCAAGCACUGCCUCCCUCCCGGGUCUGCAAGAGGCCUCAGGGGCCUACAGACCUCAUUCCCCCCAUCCCCUGGCUGGAGCCACUUGCAGUGGCCACUCUCAGGCAGAGGUCAGAUUCUUGCCUGCAGGGUCCUCUGGGCUGGGCCUUGGGGCAGCUCCCACAUUCCCAGGGAUUUUCCCCAUCAGUCUGUCCCUUGGGUUUUGCAAGCUACUCUGCACCUGGGCUGGCCUCAGUUGAAGGAUCAUGCCGUAGAUAUAGGGGAGGCAGGGAGAGCUUGUGGGACCUUCGGUGCUGACCUUAGCCACCAUUUCCAUUCCUAUACAGGAUGGGAAGAUCACAAGGCAGCCAACCCUUGGUUUAAUUUUUUUUUUUUUUUUU